AUGUUGCUUAGUGCUCGCAGCAUUGCAUUCGCGCGCCACACAGCCGCUCUCUGGACUUCCGCGCGUAGGUUUGGUGCCGGCCCGACGCGACUCUUGCUUGGGCUGGAGCAGGUGCAGGAUGUGCCCACCUCCACCGACCGCAAGCCCACCGGUAUGCACCGCGGCCCUGGCAAGCGCCAGACCGCACCCAAGGAGGCGGCACAGUAUCAAUUCAUAAAGAAGUGGGACUUACAGAUGCGCGAGACAUGGGACGAGCUCGAGCCGUUCAAGGGGCUGCCAAAGCCCAAGGCACAGUUUGGCAACGAAGCCGCCGAGGUCAUCUGGCCAUACGCACUGCUGCUGGAGAAUGUCAUCAAGGUACACCCGUACACCAAGUCCAUUUAUGUGUACUAUAGUCAGCGGCAGAGCACACCGCUGGGAGAGCUGGCGGCGCGAGUGGCGAAACGUGUGUCGCAGGCGUAUCUGAUUCCCAUCACCUUCCACAACUCGCAUGUGUACGUGGAGGCGGAGAUGCUGCUCGAGUACAGCGAAACACCCUGGGUUGUCGUCCACUGCCUCGACGGCACGCACAAACUCAUUCCUGUAAAGCCACAGGCUGGUCAGACCGUGAAGGGGGGUGCCGAGGAGUUGCUGAACGGCAUCGUGAGCGCCUGCAACGAAAUGGGCAGCGCGGUAAAGAACCCGAAGGAGGUGAUGCGGCUGCUCAGUGAGCGUCCUCUGCAGAACCAGUACGUGCGCGUGAAUUACCAGUGGUACGGCGACACGCCUGAGGAGCGCAUGAGCCACCUCAUUAAGUGGGACUACGAGCCGGAGGAGGUGGUACCGCAGUUGCGCAACCGCACGCAGCAUGUGUUAGACUGGAUGAACUACGACGGUAAUCUGCCAACGCACAACUCCGUGCGGGUGAACAUUCGCAGAGAGGCUGCUCGCAUGCGCAAGCCUAACGUGUCUGCCGGGCCAAAGACCUUUUUCAACUCCUCCGGCUCACGGGCCAACGCCCGUACUGCACGCUUUAAUAAUUCUCGCAGUCCGCAGUCGUAA